UUAAUAAAAUAAUAUUCGGCGGGUCUUCAAUCGUAAUUCUUUCUCGGACGUACGAUUGUUUUUUUUUUAGAUCCGAGUUUAAAGAAACCAACCAACAAGCCAAACUCCGGCUCCGGUUAAUACUUAAUCGGGAAAGUUUUGAUGGGUCGUGCUCGACCUCACUCCAGUUUCUUCUCCGUCGCUUUUGAUUUUCUCCGGUCUGUUCUCCCUCGCCAUCAUCGUACUAACAACAUGAAGAUAAAAACAGGAACGUUUUUGGGUGUUUCGAUAUCACUGAUUCUAAUAAACUUAGCUGCGAUCAUGGAACGAGCAGACGAGAAUCUAUUGCCAUCGGUUUAUAAAGAAGUGAGUGAAGCAUUUAACGCAGGACCAUCAGAUUUAGGCUACUUAACAUUCGUAAGAAACUUUGUUCAAGGACUUGCUUCGCCAUUAGCUGGAGUUCUUGUCAUUACCUAUGAUCGUCCCAUUGUUCUUGCAAUAGGUACUUUCUGUUGGGCUCUAUCAACUGCUGCAGUUGGAGCCAGCAACUACUUCGUUCAGGUUGCUAUAUGGAGAGCAGUGAAUGGGUUUGGAUUAGCAAUUGUUAUACCAGCGCUUCAAUCUUUCAUCGCAGAUAGUUAUAAGGAUGGUGCCAGAGGAGCUGGUUUUGGUUUGUUGAACCUCAUUGGUACAAUUGGUGGUAUAGGAGGAGGUGUUGUAGCAACUGUUAUGGCUGGUUCUCAGUUUUGGGGCAUACCUGGAUGGCGUUGCGCUUUCAUAAUGAUGGCUACACUUAGCGCACUGAUCGGGUUACUUGUUUUUCUCUUCGUUGUUGACCCGAGAAAGAAUGCUGAUCGAGAGGAACUAAUGGUUCGUAAGACAAAUUCAACAACCUCGGUUUGGAAUGAUUCAUGGGCAGCUGCAAAAUCAGUCGUUAAAGUACCUACCUUUCAGAUCAUCGUCGUGCAAGGAAUUGUUGGUUCGUUUCCAUGGACCGCAAUGGUUUUUCUGACAAUGUGGUUUGAGCUUAUUGGUUUUGAUCAUAACCAGACUGCGGCUUUGCUUGGGGUAUUUGCAACGGGAGGAGCGAUAGGAACGUUAAUGGGAGGGAUAGUCGCAGAUAAAAUGGCACGGAUAUAUCCAAAUUCAGGAAGAGUGAUGUGUGCACAGUUCAGUGCAUUCAUGGGAAUCCCAUUCUCAAUUAUUCUUCUGAAAGUAAUCCCACAAACCACAAGUAGCUACUCAAUCUUCUCAGUAACUCUUUUCUUGAUGGGUCUUUCCAUAACUUGGUGCGGAUCAGCAGUUAAUGCACCCAUGUUUGCGGAAGUUGUUCCUCCUAAGCACCGUACAAUGAUCUACGCAUUUGACCGUGCUUUCGAAGGGUCAUUCUCAUCUUUUGCUGCCCCUUUGGUUGGGAUUUUGUCUGAGAAGAUGUUUGGGUACGACGCAAGAGGUAUUGAUCCUUUGAAAGGUUCCUCUGUUCGUGAGGCUGAUGCGCUUUCAAAGGGGCUUUUGUCCAUGAUGGCUGUUCCAUUUGGACUAUGUUGUCUAUGUUACACUCCGUUGCAUUUUGUUUUUCAAAAAGAUCGGGAAAACGCGAAAACCGCAAACUCUAAAGAAACUGAAAUGAUCUGAGAGACAUGAGCUCGUGUUGUGAUUCUUUUAAUACCACAGACGAUUUUGAUA